CGUCACGUGACGUCCAGAAGCUGCGGGCAGGGGAAGCCGUCCGCCAUUGUUUCCCCGCCCCGGCGCUGGCGCCCUCCGCGCACGAUGGCUUCCCCCGAAUGAAGCGCGCUGCGGCCGGACCGCGGGGAACCGGCGAAGGCGCAGACGACGCCCGGACACCGUCCCCACCUCCGGUCGGCCGCCCGGUCCGGCUCCCGGAAGCAGCCCGUUGCUAGGCAACCGCGUCGCUCCCGCGGGGAGGGGCGGGGCGUGCGGAGGGUCUGCAUGGACCAGUACUGCAUCCUGGGCCGCAUCGGGGAGGGCGCGCACGGCAUCGUCUUCAAGGCCAAGCACGUGGAGACUGGGGAGAUCGUGGCCCUCAAGAAAGUGGCCCUGCGGCGGCUGGAGGAUGGCAUCCCCAACCAGGCCUUGCGGGAGAUCAAAGCCCUGCAGGAGAUCGAGGACAAUCAGCACGUGGUGCAGUUGAAGGCCGUGUUCCCGCACGGCGCAGGCUUUGUGCUGGCCUUCGAGUACAUGCUGUCGGAUCUGGCCGAGGUGGUGCGUCACGCCCAGAGGCCCCUGGGCCAGGCACAGGUCAAGAGCUACCUGCAGAUGCUGCUCAAGGGUGUGGCAUUCUGCCACGCCAACAACAUCGUGCAUCGGGACCUGAAACCGGCCAACCUGCUCAUCAGUGCCUCCGGCCAGCUCAAGAUAGCAGACUUUGGCCUGGCCCGGGUCUUCUCCCCAGAUGGCAGCCGCCUCUACACACACCAGGUGGCCACCAGGUGGUAUCGAGCCCCGGAGCUCCUGUAUGGUGCCCGCCAGUAUGACCAGGGCGUCGACCUGUGGGCUGUGGGCUGCAUCCUGGGGGAAUUGUUGAACGGAUCCCCUCUCUUCCCUGGGGAGAAUGACAUCGAGCAGCUUUGCUGUGUGCUUCGAAUCCUGGGCACCCCCAGUCCUCAAGUCUGGCCGGAGAUCACGGAGCUGCCCGACUACAACAAGAUCUCCUUCAAGGAGCAGGCGCCUGUGCCCCUGGAGGAGGUGCUGCCCGACGCGUCUCCCCAGGCCCUGGACCUGCUGGGGCUGUUCCUCCUCUACCCUCCGCGCCAGCGCAUCUCAGCCUCCCAGGUCUGGAAUGAGGUUUCAGGGACCAAGGAACUGUGGAGGCAGCUGUGUCUGAGACGCUGGUCAUCAUGUAAAACCUCCCAGAUGACCUUGGGCACACAAACAUGGAAAGAGUACUAUCUCUGCCGAUCCGAGCUGGAGUUCCGAAUGGAAUGUGGGCGGCCAGAGAAGGACUUCAUCUGCAAAGCCAUUGCCGGGCACACAGGAGAGAUAGACGAGCUGGCUUACAUCUCAACCAAGGAGUGCCGGUUUGAUGGGCAAGAGAAGUCCAUGGUGUGCACCGUGUCCUCGGACAGCACCGUCCGUGCCUGGGAUGUGCAGGAGGGCACAGAGAUCUGGUCAAGCCCUCUGCAGCCCGCUGCUCUGGUGAACGUGGUGACCUUCCCUCGGCUCCAGCUGGCCAUCACCGUGGAUGAGCGUGGCCUCAUCAAGGUUUGGGGAGCGGAGAACGGAUGGGAGCAGGCCUCCUUCCGCCUGCCUACAUUCUCGUCUGCAUUGCAGGCCUGCGAGCAUCCAGAGGGCCCUUUCCUGCUGGUGGCCUGUGCCGAGGGCUUCCUGUAUGCGCUCACAGUGCCCCAGCUGCAGCUGCGGUCCAGGACUCGCGUGUUCCCGAGCAGCCCCACCAGUCUCCUCUGCUCUCCUGACUGCCAGUGGGUGUUUGCUUCAACCCAGAACUCAGACCUGGGCCCGAAGGUGUUCCACACUCGCUCCCUGCUGUGUCUGGUGGAAGGUGAGCCUCCCGUCUCCACCACUCUACCCAUCUGGCUGACCUCCAGAGCCUGCUGGGCCCCUGACGAGACAGCCAGGCUGAUGGUGACGCACAGAAAUGACAACGGCAUGCAGCUGGUCAUCACCACCUACGAGCUCAGGACCAAGCAGUCACGGGAAGGGGUAGACGUCGUGGUACAACAGAUGGCAAGUUUCCUCCUGCCCAGCUCCAUGAUACCUCCUCACCUCAUGAAGGGCCACGGCUCUCAGGUGAUCCUGCUGGUGUCCGGGUCGGAGCUGGCGCUCUUCACCAUCCACGGGGUGCAGCUGGCAGCCUUCCAGGACCACCAGAGGCCCAUCACGUCCAUGUGGGUGGACCAGAGCCGAGUCAUCACCGCUUCCUUUGACCUAUCCCUGCGAGUCUAUGUGUGGAAUAAAGAAACGAAGCCUCCCGUCCUCAAGAGCUGCUAUCACCUGCUUGGGGGCUCCCACAGAUGGGCCAGUGGAUUCACCCAUGUGGAAGGCGACAGUAUGAGCAUUGUAGGUGUGGAAGCCAGAAACAUUGGGACGAGUAUUCUGAGGUCCUAUUGCUUCAAAGUGCAGCGUGGCUCAGAUGACUGCAUCAAUUGAAGAUAAUCUCACUUUGGUGAACAGCUUGUCUACAUAGACUAAAUGAUGACUUAUCACCAGUGAGACAGAAAUGAGCAAUUCUCAGAUACCUGUUAUGGACCAGGCACUGUGCUAUGUGACUUUUUUUUAAUCCUCACAAACCAGUUAAAGAGGUAUGAUGUCUCUGUUUUUCACAUGAGGAACAGGACCAGUAAUGGGAGAGUAACCCAUUAUUGGCCUGUUGUCCAGCUGCCACGCCACCUGCCUAAGCUUGUUCAGACUGUAAGUGGUAGAGAGGAGUGGAUGCCAGAAGGCCCAAGUACAAGGGGCUGGGCUUGUACCAUGAUUAUUUUGUUGUUAGAUAUGUAACGAAGUAAGGAAAUGGUUUCCCCCCCAUUCUGUUAUGUGCUUUAGGCACACGUUAAUAAAUGGUUGUGUGGCACCACACUGCCCAGCUCUAGGGAUGCCAUUCUGUGUCUUGUACAGAUGGCAUCCCUGGAGUUGGUCCACAGGGAGGCCCUGGCUGCUUUGGUGGGUGGGUCACUGGGGUUCUCAGCUACAGGCAGCAGGGACAGAAAGCUAGGUAACUAACACCAAGAAAGCAAUUUACUGGAAGGAGAUAGAGAAGUGUGCCGGGUCAGUGGGGGGGGGGGGGGGGUGGCUGGAGAAACAGAUCUGGAACCAUAGGAAGCAGGGCCUGUUCCAGCAGUGUCUGGCCUACCGUCCCUGUUUUCCCCAACACUUCCACGCUGCUGUCACUGCAUCUGUGGCACUGACACCGUCUGAAAACUUACCAGCUGCUUCUGGGGAAGGGUGACUUCAAGGCUAGGAACACCAGGAUGUGAGUGUGAUUUUCUGACUUUGCCGCAAGCCCCCACCAUCCAGGCCAGGAUGGGAGAGUCUGACCCUUUAAGCUUCAAUAGAGCAGCUCCCAGUCCAGACUCACACUAUGAAAAAUUCUUCAAAACUAGGAAAAGUUCCUGAGAAACAGACAAUGAGGAUGAAGAGCUCGCUACCGCAGCCUGCCACUUCAGCUGUCCAGUACCGAUAGCCCCUUGCCCAGUACUUGCAUUUCACACCCAACAUAGCACCCGUGUCCCAUAGAAGCCCAGAUGCAGUUAUUUACCCAAGAGGAGAAGAUCUGUGUCCUCCCCUUUUAAAAUCUAAGGUUUGUUUUGGGAUAAUUUCACAUUUACAGAAAAGUUGCAAAAACAGGGCAGUGGAUCCCCAUAUAUCUUUUGCUCAGCCUCCCCUCGUGUGAAUACCUUACAUAAGGUGGGCAUUUGGAAACCCAGAGUCUUUGUCAGCUUGAAGUCAGAAGUCUCUGUUUGUCCCAUCACAGUCCUACCGGGUGUUCAGCGGUCCUAGUGCAUCCUGCUUACAGCCAUGGGGGAAGGGAGAGGAGGCAAAAAAUUCGCUGAAAAACACACACAUGACACAGCAAGAAAGGAAAUAGCUGUUCAGAAGAUAAAGGGAAGAUUCAGGCUGGACAAUAAAAAGAAAGAAAGAAAGAAAGCUGGAUGAUGCCGAGUGUUUGCAGAUGCAUAGAGAUAUGCGACACAAUGAUGGAAGCUGCCUCUACCUGGCUCACAUCCGAACGUCUUUGGCCAAUCCAAGGUAUGUGUUCCCAGUAGUGUGGGUUCCGGGUAACAGUGUCUCAGCUCCGCACCAUGUCCCUGCCCAUCCCCUGUUCUGAUCAUCAGAAGGCUGCAUUCUCUACUAUUCCCUGCAUCUGGCAGGAGGGGCAGACUUAGAUGCUAAUCUCUUUGCUCUGAGGGUAUAGCUUUUUGAAGUCCUAGUUCAGUGUGAGGCUGACUCCUGUGCACCUCCAUUAUGCACAUCCAGCACCUAGGUGGCUGACAGAGAGCCAGCUCCAAAUGCCCUGCAGUAUAUACCUCAGUCAGUUCCAAGUUUGGGGCAGCCUGGGGUAGAUGGGGUGCCAAUCGCAGGAGAGCAGGAACUGGUUGAAGGAACUGGAGAAGGUGUACAAGCUUUGUGUCCCAGCUUAGUCCACCAUUUGCAUCACUCCCAUUGUGUACAGCUUUCAUACACAUUGUGGGGCCUGCCAUCCCCGAGCCUCCCUUGACUGAGAACAAAGGCAUCCUUACUCUUUGCAAGUGUGAUUGGAGUCUCCAAGUUGAUGAUGACCUGUUCUAAUCUGAACACCUGUGCCAGAGCACUAGCAAAAUGAGUAAGAGUUCUUCUGCUGGAUUCCCUUUACUCUAAGCAGCACUUUGGGCUCUGUGGGUUGCUUGUUUGGUGGGGUGAUCCAGACCUUCAUCCCCAGGGUGAUGUUGUGGUGGUUUUCCUUGCUCAUUGAAAGUCAUUGCUGGGUAUGACAGUUAAGAGAUACCCAGUUAUUUACAUAGACACACUCCACUCUACUUGAUUCUCUACGAGCAGUCUAGUCCCUGAUGCUUGUCAGUUACAAUCCCAAUCAUCAGAGCCAAUCCUUUCUUUACCUUUGGGCCACUGGCCAAGAACAGAGAAUAGUCAGGUGGUAGUCAUAGCUUCCACUUAAGAGGAAUGUUUGCUGUGACCCUGAAAGAAGUGUCUCCACUCAUAUCUCCAGGAGCUAGGACCUGUAAUCCCAGAGAGCCAAAGGUUGCAUGAAUGGGAAACAAAAAAAUCUGUAGGGUUGUGGUCUGUUAUAAGAGAGGGGGCCACCCCUACACUUGUUGGUUCUCAGACUCAUGUAUUCUAGCGAUAGUGGCACUAUUGGUCAUCAGUCAUUAUUGAUUCAGAAUGUAUGCCACAUCCUGGAUUGGAAGAUGGUAUCCAAGCCACACUAAGUAUUGACUCUUGGCCAGCACCUUAGGGGAACCAUCAAUAGGGCAUCCCACCAUCAUAUCAGACCAGUUAAUUCUGGAUGAUGGGUAGGGGACAAGAUCAAUGCAUUCCAUAGUCAUGAGCUCAUGGUUACACCUCCUUUGGUGUAAAAUGGGCCCUUUGUUCUGAGGCAGGACUGUGGGAUAUCACAGGUAAGGCAUUCUGCAGGUGUCUGGGUGAUGUGCCAGUAGAACCAUGGGCAGGGGUCAUAAGGACAAAAUCCUGCCUUGUGAUUAAUGGCGCCAAGUUGAUAGCAUCAGUCUGCUGUCAACUAGAUGGGCCUUUGGCAAUGGUGGCAACUAUGUCAGUCUUGACAUAGGAAGCCCUUGCCAUUGGGCCUGUGCUUAGCUCUCACCCCUGACACUGUUCACGAGCCUUUGCACAAGGACCGGGUUGUCAAGAAUAGUCUUUCUGGCAUGGCAGCCAAAAGAUGGUCAUCCUGUUACCAGUAAUACUGAGAGCCUCUUCUGCAGUGUGUGGUCUCUGGCAGGAUUUCAAGUAAGACACAAAGAUCUCAUGCUGUCUGCCCUACUGCACAUCUCUUUCUCAGACCUCAGACCCUUCUAGGCCCCUGACCAGACAAGCCAUCUGCCACUGUCAAAAGUCCAUGUGUCUCUGUACCUCUAGUCAUUUUCUUUCAUAUGAAUGAAUUACUAACAGAGCCACUCCAAGCUUGGCUCACCUGAAGGACUUCCUUUCAUGGUGUCUUUCAGGGAUGUCCCAAGUGGCAUUCUAAUGAGGCAGGGGUGCAGCAGCAGACCAUUUCAGCCAACACCCACAUAAUGAGCCAGCCUAGUUGUGAUUCACUCUGAGUCAUUUCUUCAUGCUGGUUAGUCAUAGGAAGCCCCCGUGAAACAUGGGUGCUGGUUGAGGGAGAGGCAGCACAGGUAGGAGUCCGGGCCACCUGUUCCUGUGAUUUACCUGGGCCUUAUGGCUCCGCUUAAGCCCAGUCCCAAAUGGGCCACUACCAUUACACGAUUGAUCAUUGCUGUACACACCAAUUUCUGUGAUGAUGGAUCAUAUCAAAUCUAAUUUAUUAUGGCAAACUCAGAUCACUUGUCACUUUGUGUCCUGUGGUGGGGUGAUCUGUAACUACCAGGGCAUGAGAGCUGCUCUUCAAAUGACUGGUGCUCCUCUGUAGAGGGUAUCAGUUUACUCCAAAUCAUACCUCUCUGUUCUGUCUUCUCUAUUGGAGCUUUCCAGAUUCCAAACAACGUCCUUAACAACUGUAGAUCUCACGAGCAACUUCCGACCUGCUGAGUUCUAGGAUCAAGAAGGAGGGCAGCUUGUGCCACAGUUGAGAUCUUCUCUGGACCCUUGGGAAUUUGGCAGCCUCUGGGGUUAUCCAAUAAAUGAAUAAGAGUAUUCCCAACUUUGGUACUUGUUUCCUCCAAAUUCAAAUUCCAAAGAGACCCACAAUGUAUUAUUUUCAUUGUUUUUAUUUAAGUAGAGAGACAUUUCAAGUGCAGCAGCUUGCCCAUCACCUGUGAAGAAACAUCCUGACCUGACCUUGAUCUACCCAGUGCCUGGAAAUAGCCAUAAGCUCCUUUGAGAAAUGGUUGCAGGAAUAUUUACUGUGUACAUUUGCGUGGAGUUACAGGAGUGUUACUAAAGGGGGACUGACCUUCCACUUCAUGUACUCUGAGUGUGUAAAUUUAGAGCUGAGCCCUGGGUGUGGGACCCUGAUUUUCCAUUAAGGUAGCAAACGGCUAAUUAUUUAUUUAUUUUGUUUGCUUGUUUAUGUAAAUAAAUUAUCACCCUAGAGAACUGUGGUAUCAGCCACCACCUGAGAUCCCUGCAGAUCGAACCAUCUUGAUUGCCGCUCCAACUUUGCCUGUCCUUAGUCCGCUGAGAUGGCUUUAGGUAUUUUUGCUUAAGGAAAAGUCAUGAAUCAAAGGUGAGUGCCCGGGUCAAUAAAUGAUCUCUCUGCUCUUAAAUUCUACAUUCGCUUAUCUAACACCAGGAUCCACUUUUACACAGACUCCCCAGGCCCUAUUGUUAGGCAGCUCCUGUAAUACCUUUUGUUAUAUAGGCAUUUUUUUCUCAUAGGAGGACUUUUUAUUUCUCUCCCCAGGCUGUGCUGGUACCUGACUCUUGGUAUCAACACAGAGACAAUGAGGAGUUGGGGGAAUGGAAGGGCAGGUAGGUCCUGAGAAGGACAAACAUCAUCAUUUAAGGCAUCCACUUCAGGUGAGGCUAAUGUGGAAAACUCUGUUUCUGCCAUCAGGAAGUGUUCAGGGACAUGAGGGGGAGGGGUAUCAAAAUUAUCAGAUUGUGCUUCCAAAUAUCCCAAUCCCAAAUAUUAGAGUAUUACUCAUCCUGCAUCUGGGCCUGAUUUUCACAUAAAACCUGCUGAGGCUGUAAAUGUAAACUCCUUUGCAUUCCACCCUGUGUUGACAGAAGAUAAAGUUCUCUGGCUUUCAGAUAUUUUCUUAAGUUGGAGAAUGACUGUCAUUUCAUUUUUGUAAACUGACAUGAUAUUGAAUUUCAUCCAAGUACUAGAAGGUAAACUAAUUCAAGUAGGUCACUGACCAAGAGAAAGAAGCAGGAGUUCUCAAGAAUAUAAGGAGGUACACAGUUUACUUCCCUAUAUGGACAUCACAUCUACAACUACAGAAUCUAUUUUCUUUGCAAGUACACAGAGCAUUUACAAAAAAAAUGAAAUAUACUGGGAAAUAAAUCAAGUCUCAGUAAAUAGUAAAGAAUUACUAUUAUUCAAAGUAUGUUCACUGACCACAAUAAAAUAAUUUUAGAAAUAAAUGACAAAAAUAUCAGAAAUUUCCAUGUUUUGAAAUUAAGCUUACUACAAAAUAACCACAUGUCAAAGAGCACGUUGAAAGAGAAAUUUAAUUACUUUUGAACAAAUGAUGAAAAAAUACUAUGAAUCAAAACCUGCAAAGUGCAGCCAACUCAGGAUGAGGUCGAAUUUUAUAGCCAUAAGGGCCUAUAUUGGGAAAGAAAAAAAAAGCUACAAAUUAAUGAGCUUCCAAUCCAUCUUAAAAUGUUAUAAAAAAUAACAGGAAAACAAAAAUGAAAAUGAAACAAUAAAAACAAUGAAUUCAUAAAACAAAAAAAUGCGUAAUAAAAAGGAACAACAAAAGUUAACAUGUGGCUCUUUGACAAGACUAAUAAAAUUGACAACUCCUUACGAAGACUAAGUAACAGAAAGAAACAGCACAAAAAGCCAACAGUGGGGAUGUGAAAGAGGACAUUACUAAGGAGAGUGUGGAGGAUAUCAUGAAUAAUGAUAUGCCGGUAAAUUCUCAAUCUGGAUGACAUGGAUGAAUCCUACAAAAGUAUUACCCUGCUAGAAGGAGUCAGAAAGCUGAAGAGUCCUAUAUUCAUUUAAAAAAAGAAUUGAACAGAGUUGAGAGUUUCCUCAGAAAUUAACAGAGAAGAUAUGUAGAUGACAAAUAGCACUUGAAAAAUGUUCAGGAUCGUUAGUUACUGUGGAAUGCAAAUUACAAUCACAGCUACUAGUAUAGGUAAAAUUUUAAAGGUAAGAGUGGAAAAUAACAAUUGUUGGCCAGGAUGUGGAGCAGUAGGAACUCUCCUGGCCUGCUGUGGGAAAGACAAAAUGGUUCAUCCUCUUUUGAAAAUGGUUAAACAGUUUCUUACCAAGUUACACAUGCACUUAACAGACCAGCAAUCCAUCCCAUUUCUUGUGUUUACCUAAGAGUAAAAAAAAAAAAUACAUGUGUACCAUAAGAAAGAGUCUAACAUCUUUUGAUGUUUUUGGACAAUUUUUAAGCUUAACACCUCUCUCUUCCCCUUCUUCCCAGUUUCAAGCAAGCUAAUAAUACCUCAACACAGGUGCUCUCUCACUGCUUUCGUGAAGAUAUGAGGCUCAAACCACACAAGUCCCUGCCCAUGCUCUGGAACCUUCCUCCAGCCCCACUCCCAUAAAACUCCAAGCCAGUCUCCUUUCCUUGAUCUUCUAAGUCAUUUUUUGGGCCUGCUUGGCAAGCAUUCUGCUCUCCCCAGAAAGCCUCCUUAUGUGAAUAAAAGUCUUUUCUUAAUUUGUGCUAGCAUCAUCAGUCUGGACAUCCAAACCAAACUUGGCAAAUCUGCCUCUGCAAGGUGACUGCCAUAUCCGUGCAAAGGCUUGCGUGUGAAUGUUUAUAGGAGCUUGUUGAAAACAGCCAGGUACAGGAACAACCCAAAUGUUCAUCAACUGAAGUUCCUGAGCCAUGACCAUUCCAUUUUGAAGGAGGAUUAGUAUACUGAAGAAGAGAGUAAUGAUGAUGACAGGUGUUUUCCUUGCUAAACUUGAGAGA